AUGAUCAUCUGUACAUGCUUUAUGACUGCACUGGGUUUCUAUGGCUAUACUGGAUUUGGAGACAAAAUCGCGCCAACCAUUACUACUAAUGUGCCGAAAGAUGGACUGUACUCAACAAUUAAUAUAUUUCUUAUGCUGCAAUCGAUGCUUGGACAUUCGAUUGCAAUGUACGUAGUCUUCGACAUGUUUUUCAAUGGAUUUCGAAGGAAGUUUUCUGCCAGGUUCCCCAAUUGUCCCAAGUUUCUCGUUGAUAAGGGAUUUCGAGUAUUCUGGGUUAUGGUGACCUACUCGAUGGCAGUUUUGAUCCCGAAACUAGAGAUUAUGAUACCAUUAGUUGGAGUGACGAGCGGGACAUUAUGCGCCCUUGUCUAUCCACCGAUAUUCGAAAUGAUCACAUUCUGGACCGAUUGGAAGGGACUUCUGACCUACCGAGAACGCAUGUGUAAGAUAGCAUUGAAUUGUUUUGUCAUCUGCGUUGGUUUCUUCGCUAUCGCUGCGGGUUUGUACGCUAACGGCUUAGCCAUUUACGAGUCAUUCCACAAUGAUCUGUGA